GAAAUGUUACAGCGCCAUUUCAUUGCGGAGUUCUUUGGUGGUGUUUCUGUGGAAGCGCAGUGCAAACAUAGGUGGAACAUUUGGAUGUCAAUAAUACCCUGCCUUAAGCCCGAUGGAAGCGGCCGUCAAUCCGACUCACGACAGCUCUCUGGUCGGGUUGUCCAGUGGCGGGAUGGACCAACACACCAGCUCUGGCAAACGCAUUCGCAAACCUUCCCUGCUGUACGAGGACUUUGAGAGCCCCUCUCUUCCACACACAAUGCCCCAGGGGCCCCCCGCCCCACCUCAGCCCCCAGUGAGGGAUCCCAGUCGGCUGGGCCGCAUGACUAACCAGCUGCAGUACCUCCAGAGGACCCUGAAGAAGUGUCUGUGGAGGCACCACUUUGCAUGGCCUUUCCAUGAACCUGUGGAUGCCUACAAGCUUAACCUACCAGAUUAUCAUGAAAUUAUCAAACAGCCCAUGGACAUGGGGACCAUCAAAAAACGUCUGGAGAACAACUUCUACCACAGUGCAAGUGAGUGCAUACAGGACUUCAACACAAUGUUCACCAACUGCUACUUCUACAACAAGCCAACAGAUGACGUUGUGCUGAUGGCCCAGUCCUUAGAGAAGGUCUUUCUUCAGAAGCUGGCCCAGAUGCCACAGGAUGAAGUUGAGCUUCCUGCUCCAGCACCUCGAAGCAAAAACAGGGGGAGGGGUCGCAAAUCUAAUGCAUCAAGGGCUCAACAGGUGCCAGCAGUGUCACAGUCAGCCUACUCCCCCACUUCCUCUGACACUGGGGAGUCCAUGUUGGCCAGCUCUCCUCAGACUGUGCUGACCAAAAACCUUCCACCAACCAACAUCAUGGGCCUGCCUCCUACACAACCCACAACUAAGAAGAAAGGUGUAAAGCGCAAAGCAGACACCACCACCCCUUCCACCAUGGGCUUGACUGUAGGCAUGUCAGGGGUAACACACAUGGUGGGCUUGGGGAAAGGAGGACAUGGAGGUCAAGUCCAUGAUACCUCCAUGCACACUAUCUCCAUGGGAAACAUGAGCUUAGAUACGCCCCCUGGGAUGGGCCUUGUCAGGAGCCCUGGAGGUCCUGUUCUCCUUCAACCCAUGAUGGCUGGCACUGGUCGCAGAGUGGGCAGCGGACGCCCCAUUAAACCCCCCAAAAAGGACUUGCCUGAUUCUGUCCAGCCUCAGCCCUCAAGGAAGGGCAAACUGAGCCCUCAGCUAAGAUACUGCAGUGGGCUGCUGAAGGACAUGCUAUCAAAGAAACAUGCAGCAUAUGCUUGGCCUUUCUACAAACCUGUGGACGCAGCUGCACUGGAACUUCAUGACUAUCACGAUAUCAUCAAGUGUCCCAUGGACCUCAGCACCAUUAAGGGGAAGAUGGACUGUCGUGAAUACAGGGAUGCUCAGCAGUUUGCCAGCGAUGUCAGACUCAUGUUCUCCAACUGCUACAAGUACAACCCACCUGAUCAUGAUGUUGUGGGCAUGGCACGGAAGCUGCAGGAUGUGUUUGAGUUCCGUUUUGCCAAGAUGCCAGAUGAACCACAUAUGGAUCACACAUCCAUAUCAGUGACUGGCCACCCCACUUCCUCUUCAUCCUCUUCCUCCUCCUCCUCCUCCUCCUCAUCUUCCUCUACCUCUGAGAGUGAGCCCAGCAGCGAGAGUGAAGAGAGCGAAAGCAGCCCCAGCUCAGACAGUGAGGAAGAACGAGCACAUCGCUUGGCUGAGUUACAGGAUCAGGUGUGCACACAACUUCGUGCUGUGCACGAGCAGCUGGCUGCCCUUUCUCAAGGCCCCAUCAUCAAGCCUAAGAAGAAGAAAGAGAAGAAGGACAAAAAGGAGAAGAAGAAAAAGAAAAAGCUUGAGAAGAGAAGUCGAGGCAGCAGAAGCAGAGCUGGCUCUGAGGAAUGGAAGAUGCCUGGCAAGAUGCUGAAGAGCAAAUCUGCCCGAGCAGGUGGCUCCCAGGCAAAGAAAGGCCAGGGGAAGAAGAGUAACAAGAACAGCAAGAGCACAAAGAAGCCGUUCUGCCCCCCAGUGGCCACAUCUAUGCUGCCGCACUACGACUCAGAGGAAGAAGAGGAGAUUGUGCCCAUGACAUAUGAUGAAAAACGCCAGCUGAGCCUCGACAUAAACAAGCUACCGGGGGAAAAGCUGGGCCGUGUGGUCCACAUCAUCCAGUCCAGGGAGCCCUCGCUGAGGGACACCAACCCAGAGGAGAUAGAGAUUGAUUUUGAAACACUGAAGCCAUCCACACUGAAAGAGCUGGAGCGCUACGUCAUGACCUGUCUGAGGAAGAAACCUCGUAAACCUUACGGUGAGCAAGCUGCAAAGAAAGGAAGUACUGGCAAAUCUAAAGAGGAGCUGACUCUGGAGAAGAGGCGCGAGCUGGAGAGGAGGCUGCAGGAUGUCAGUGGGCAGCUCAACUCUGUCAAGAAACCUACUAAGCCUAAAGUGGAGAAGCCCAGUGCUGUAGAGACUCACACCCAGCCCUCACGCCUCAGUGGCAGCAGCUCCAGCUCUGAUUCCUCCUCGUCCUCCUCUUCUUCCUCCUCCUCAGACAGCAGCGAUUCAGAAACUGGCUGAGAUGCUUUGCACUGGCUCAGACAGAAAACACUUGAAACUCAGGGACUUGGGCUGGCCCAGGACACAACACACCCUGAAACAGUAGUGGGCUGAGAUAUUAGACACCACGGAGAAAACAAAACAAACAAACAAACAAACAAAAAAAAACACCAAGUGGACUCCUAAAAUGUUGCGAAUGUGGCACUGAUGGAUGUGAAUCAGUGUCUCUGUGGAUAAUUGUAGAAAUGCCUCAGUUUCUCCCUCCUGUCCUUUGUAAAUACUUGUACAAAUUUAUGUUUCUUUUAUAAAGAAGAAUUUUAUGGUGAUCCCCAAAGAGGGAAGUGGAGUAGUGAAAAGGAUGUUAAAAGAUGGAUCUUGCUCCAGGUGUGUUGUGCCUGGCCUCACACUGCGGGAAUGACAGUUUAUUUAUUUGUUGUCUUUAUCCACAUUUCCUCAGAUGUUACUGGAAUUUCAACCAGCAACAUUUUGGGCACAGGCCUAGCUUUUCUGCCACACUUAACUUUAGAUGAACCUCUAGACUCGCCCAGUAAGGGAUCAAGAUUGUUAAUAAUAAUUAGGUUGUUUGGAAAAAUACAGUAUUGUUAAGGCAUUCUGGUUCUUCCUCAUGCUGACAGGUCUAAGAGCUACUGAGAAGUGAAUAAAGCAUAGCUAUGAUAUUUGCCAUAUUCAGGUCAAAAUUUAAAGUUGGUUACAGUUUGAGAUCUAGAUAUAUUUCUGUUGUGUUGACACACAUUCUCAGUUGGACAUUUUAGAGCUUGUCAUUGUUUUUUGAAAACAAGGCAGCUUUAUGGAGUGUAGAACCAGCUCAGCAUCUGUAAUUAUGAAGUUUGCAUUUAAGUUGCAUAUUCAGUUUGUACUGAUGUUAUAGCUGCACUAUUCUCCUAAACGCCCACCAGCCAUUUUAAGACUGAGUAGCCCCAUAGACAUUGAAGUACUUGUCUGUUCUCAGUAUUUUUCCAUCAGUUCUCACAGUUCUGCUUUGAUAUAGCUCUCAGCGUUUCAAUUUGUUACAUCAAACAGUAACUCUUAAGAGCUGCUUCUCAAUCUCAUAUUAUAGUGCUUUUUUUUUUGCACACUAAUCUUUUCAACAUGUGAAGUAUUGCAUUAGCAUUUUUUGAAGAUAUCUGUAGCACUUGAAAACUCAGCUGAUAUUCCUGAGAGCAAUCUGUUGGCUGCUCACCACUCACUGGAACAACUUGUGUUGACUGAAACACACUAAGCUGAAACGGUUUCCCAUAAAGAUCCAUGCAUAGAUAAAGUUGUUGAAUGUGCAGUGAAAUAAGAUGUAGUUGUACAUAGUGUUUGCUGUUGCACAGACUUUUAUUUCUGCUGUUCUUUUUUUCCUUGUUUCCUUUUUAUACAUGCUGUUCUUUCCCAUUCCAGUUCCAACUCUUAGUUGCCUCUGAAGAGCAUUCACAUCAGCAUUGCUGCCUCUGGUCAAGCAGUUUGCUGCCUUUCAUUUGACAACUGUUUAUUAAAAUAUUCUCUUCUGUA